AUGAGGCAACAUAUCGACCGGAAAGACCUCUAUACGAAUUUGGAGGCCAGAAUCCAAUAUCUUCACACAUUCCUAGAUUUUGGGUCCAAUGACAUCGAGGCGCUCAUCGCGGGCUCCAAGUACAUCAAACAGCUCAUACCGGCGAUCGUGAACAUCGUCUAUCAUAAGCUGCUGCAAUACGACAUCACAGCCCGUGCCUUUGAGACUAGGAGUACGUCUUUCGAGGGACCGGUGGAUCCGAGCUUGAAUGAGAACAGCCCCCAGAUCCUGCACCGGAAGAUGUUUCUCAGGGCAUACCUCAACAAGCUCUGCUCGGACCCCAGCACGAUGGACUUCUGGUAUUACCUGGACAAGGUUGGGAUGAUGCACGUCGGCAGAGGGCGUGAGCACCCACUGCAUAUAGAAUACGUGCAUAUCGGCGCCUGCCUCGCAUUCAUCCAGGAUACGCUGACGGAGGCGCUCCUGUCGCACCCACGUAUCAAGAUGGACAAGAAGAUUGCGCUGGUCAAGGCCCUGGGCAAGGUUAUCUGGAUCCAGAAUGACCUCUUUGCCAAGUGGUAUGUCCGUGACGGGGACGAGUUCAUAGAGGAGAUGGAGAAGCCGGCGUUCGAGCAAGAGGGCUACCUGGACGGGAAGAAAAUCUUGGAGGACAUCGAAGAGGACAGCCAGACGGGUGCUGAUGCCACCCCCAAGACGCCCAGGAGCCCAACAACGUGUCCCUUCUCGGGCAUCCCUAUACGAUCAAAGCCUGAGGCUUCAUCUCCGAAGCAGGAGAAAACCUCAUCAUCGCAAGAAUCACCGAAGUUGGAAGUCGCUGCCAAUGGUUCUUGA